AUGACUGCCAUUGCCGUCUCCACCCCAUUCAAGACCAUGCAAAACCCAUUGAGAAAAAAGAGCCACCGUUCUAGCAUAUCACCACCACCAAGACAAUUGAGUCUCUCCACUGAUGAAAAUGAUAUUUCCAUCUCCUUUGAAGAUCUACAACCGCCUGCGGAAAGCAAAUCCAAUCUGUCCAUGUCUUGGCAUCCUCGAUCGAGAAAGGAAGUCCGGAAAAACAAAACGAAAAUGGGUUCCAGACACCAAAGGAAAUACUCGAGCGAAAGCAUCAGCGAGGACAGUGCAGCCUCCAUGUUCUAUGUGGAUCCAUUUGGCAAUGACUGCGAGGAUGUAGAACAAUUGGCAGAGCGAGGAAGGAAUAUAGAACACCAAAGACAGUCGCGACGCAACUCUCUUCCACCGGCUGUGUGCAAAUCGGAAAUGCACACCGCCUCUACUGCACCAUCGCCGAAUGUCAUGAUUGAGCAAUCCCGUGAAUCCUUUGGUGAGGAGGACACUGCUGCCCGACGUCGCCGGGCACCAAGACGACGAAGUGUGGCUGGAAAUCCUCGCCGAUGCAAGGCUGUCGAUCCUGAUUCCAUGACUGACUACAACAACAUGUCCAUGUCGAAUCACUAG